CGGAGCGCGAGGAGGGGAGUGCCCGGUUCUUGUGUGUGAAAAACAAGCGCAUGCGCUCCACGAGACCUGAGACACGGACGGGGAGCGUCAGACCGCAGCGCCUGCAGAUUUUCCCGUCAGCCGGGGGGGAGAGAACAGCAGGGAGAGAUGAUGGGAGGACUGUAAUCCCGGGGGAGGGAUGGACCAUGGAUGGACCGAUUGAUUCAACGCACAGAACCACGGAGAUUCUCACUUGACACAACACUAUCCACCGCAUCCCGAUCGGAAGCGCGAGGAACGACACGGUGAUGGGAAGUGAUUUACGGUUGCGCGUCCAUCUGAAGUGAUGAGACAGAAGCGCGCGGCUGAAUCCUUCUGUCAAGUUGUAUAAUGGAGAGCCCUAAUGGCUCCGACACCAAACCGCAGAGCCAUCAUCCUCAUCCUCAGGUGGAGAAGAAGAGGUUAAACCGCGCGCCGUCCCCUGCCAGACCCGUCCUGAAGGAUGUCCAUUCGCGAACGGCCAAACCGAUCGUGCCAAAAUCCCCCAAAUUCAACAAGCAGCAAACGUCCUCCACACCGGUGACGCCUCACAGCCGCGUCCCGAGACGCGCCGUCCCGGGCGCGAAGGACAAACCCGCAUCAGCACCUGCAAAAAGCAAACCCUCAGCGACAAAAAAGGCGGUUAAGGUCACUCAGCAUGCAGCAUCCGAACCGAAACCGGCGUGCAAAACGGUUGAUACCGCCGCUCCGCAGAUCCCCAAAAGCAAGGGGAGGCUCGCCCCGAUACGCGUUCCCACCGCACGCGGCGUCUGCCAGACGGACAGCAGCUCGGAUUUGUCCGAUUGUCCCUCCGAGCCGUUGUCCGACGAGCAGAGACUGGUUCAGGCCGCCAGUAGCGAUGCGGAGUCCGGCUCCGGUUCCGGUUCGAGUGAGCAGGUGGUCGGGGUUCGGGUGCGCGCGCUCGCGCUCGGAGCGGGAGGAUCUCAGGCUUCACCGGCGCCCGGUGCGCACGGGGACCAAUGCAAAGCGGAGAAAGACGCACAAUUUAAAACGGGGGGCAAGGAAAUGGCCCCGGAGGAAAUGCUGAGGGAAAUCGAAGACCUUCGAUCGGAAAAUGACUACCUCAAGGAUGAAGUGGACGAGUUGCGAGCAGAGAUGGAGGAGAUCAGGGACAGUUACCUGGAGGAGGAGGUGUACCAGCUCCAGGAUAUACGCAGGGAACUGGACCGCUCCAACAAGAACUGCCGGAUCCUCCAGUACCGCCUUCGCAAGGCCGAACAGAAGAGUCUGCGGGUUGCACAGACCGGACACGUCGACGGAGAGCUUCUACGUGGAAUGGAGCAGGACCUGAAGGUGGCCAAAGAUGUAUCUGUGCGUCUGCACAAUGAACUGGAGACGGUGGAAGACAAGCGUACGCGAGCGGAAGAUGAAAACGAGCUGCUCAGGCAGAAGAUCAUCGAGGUGGAGAUCUCCAGACAGGCCAUGCAGAACGAGCUCGAGAGAGCCAAAGAGACUGCUCUGCGGAGGAGAGGCAGUAGAGAAACUUUCAAAGAUAAGAAGUCUUUAACUCAGGAGGACAGUGCAGAUCUGCGCUGUCAGCUACAGUUUGCCAAGGAGGAAUCGGCCCUCAUGCGUAAAAAGAUGGCAAAAAUUGGCCGUGAGAAAGAUGAACUGGAACAGGAAUUGCAGAAGUAUAAAUCAGUAUACGGCGACGUGGACAGCCCUUUGCCCCUGGCGGAGGUGUCCGGUGGAGGACCUCACACCACCCGGGAAGCCGAGUUACGCUUACGGCUCAAACUGGUCGAAGAGGAAGCCAACAUCCUGGGGAGGAAGAUUGUAGAGCUGGAGGUUGAGAACCGUGGCCUCAGGGCGGAAAACGAAGACCUGCGCUGCCAAUAUGAGAGGGAUUGCUUUGGGCGCGAACCCUUCUCAAGUGUCCCUACCUCACCGUACGGUGGCGACGCCCUGGAAUCUGCGAGCGAAUUGCGACGGCACUUGCAGUUUGUUGAAGAGGAGGCAGAGCUGCUGCGUCGCUCCAUUUCUGAGAUCGAGGACCACAACAAACAACUGACAUCCGAGCUCAACCGCUUCAAAUUCGGGCCUAGCCAAGCCGAACGGGAGUCCGAAGGAGCUGAGGGUGGAGGUGCUGGUGCGAUCAAACCUGGGAAUGGUUUUUCGGGAGCAGGGAGUGGCGCCACACUCCAGGAGGAGCUCAAAGCCGCUAGACUCCAGGUCAACGAGCUAAGCGGGAAGGUCAUGAAGCUUCAGUACGAGAACCGGGUGCUAAUCUCCAAUAUGCAGCGCUGUGACCUGGCAGCACACUUGGGAAUGCGCACCAGUAGCCCUGAUGUGGAUAGUGAUCCCGGGCGAAGGGAAACCGAUGAGGACGAGACUGCCAGGCUUCUGCUGCUCCACCCCAAACGUGAGGGUCCUGUUGGCGGCGAGAGCGACUCUGAUGACUUGUUUGAGAAGACGGCCACCUCUGGAUUCGCCAGUGGCGAGAAACCCUCGGAUACUGGUGAGCUGGGAGUGGCCCAGCGGAGACGGGAAGACCGAGAGACGCUCAACAACGUCAGGCGUGAAGCCGAACGGCUUGGAAAAACAGUGGAGCGGCUCAUCACGGAUACGGACAGUCUGAUCCUCGAAGGUGGUCUGGUCGUCCUGGGAGGGGAUCUUCUUGCGGAGGGUUCAGAGUUCAGGGGCGAUGGAGACUCGAAACCCGACUCUCAGGUGCUGGAUUCGGUCAACACCCGCAUGAGGGCUUUCCGUACAGAACUCCAGCAAUUCAUGAACAAAGUGGACCACCUUGGGGAGGGUCUACGGGAUCGCGUCGAUGACCUUUCCCCCAUGCCCAACCUCACUGAAUCUAGCAGCUUCCUUUCCACUGUUACCUCCAUGUCAAGAGACUCGCCCAUCGGCACUCUGGGAAGGGAUCUGGUGACGGACUUCCAGGAGUGGUGUCUAGACCGGCAGAGUGGCACGGAUGGGUCAGCCGCAGCCAGGGGAGCCCCUGGACUCAGUAGAUACGCCAGAACACACAGUUUCAGACCCGAGUUUCGUGAGCCGGCUCUGCCUGAGACGGGACUCUCUACCAGAGAGAUUCAGCUACGCCUGGACCAUGAGCGGAGGAUGAGGGCUGGACCGGAGGAGAGAGACGGCUUCUCUUCAUCCAUCCCUCAGGAGGAGGAGAGGAGGCGCGCAGAGGCACGGCGAGGACUCGAACUGCAGGGACUUCAAUCCCACGAGCCAACAUGGCCGCAGGAAAGAGUGCAGCUGCAACAGGAAGUCAGAUUGUUCCGCCACAAUAUAGUGAUCGUGUACAUGAAGCUGCGCUGGAUCCUCAUGCACUGGAGGCUCGGGCGCAGGACAGACGGGGUGGAUGAAGGUGCACACGCUGAGUACGAACGAUUGGAGAACAUUCCAGAACUGGCCAUUACGAUCGACCAGGGUGAUGGAGAGAUGGGAAGGGGAGACAAAAUCACAGGAAGUGACCUCACAGAGCCCGGCCCUCUCCUGCUGUCUCCCGAGAGAUUCCAGCACCAGAAACAGGCAGGUGAGAGUCUCCGUGUGCUACACGCUCUUCGCUCUCUCCUGGAGGAGUUCAGGGCGGAGCUUCGGGAGGAGGCGCAGCGGCGCUGGCAGAUGCAGCAGACACUGGCCAAUGAGAGAGCGGCGUGGGAGAUACAGCGCGCUGAGAUGAGGAGUCACGUCACCAAGGUCAGAGGUGAGUCUGCAGGCUCAGAUGAAGAUGAAGAUGAAGAUGCAGGCGUUGCAGACGUGGCUCAACAGGAACGGGAGGAACAGCGCCGUCUACUGGCAGACAGUCACAGCACGGCACUGGAGCUGCACUGGAAACUGCAGCAUGGAGAAAAGCGCUGGACGCGCGAGAGGAAUGACUUACUGGAGCGCUUCGAGAAAGAGAGGCAGGAAUGGGACCGCAGGUUACGGGAUAUGCACCACAAGAUGGAAAAGAUGCAGAGAGAUAUUGUUCAGUCAGCAGAAGGAGCAGCACCACAUGUCUUCUCCCCUCAGGAGAGCCCGUGUAAGGCUCCUCGGUCUCCACGCUCACCCUGCGCCGCUGCACACAUGCGCUCACACUCGGACUCAGAGGCCAUUCUGGAGGAGAAGGGGGCGGCUGGCAGAUCCAGACCCUGUGAGGGACACCGGCCCCCGGAGAGCCUGUUCCUGGACGCCCUCUCGCUGGACCCCCUGAGCGAGGCCGAGGUGCCGCCUCCAUCACGUCUGGACAGCGAAAAGAGGUUCUCCCAUCUGAACGAAGCACUGAAUGAGAUUUCUGAGAGUGGGGAUUCGGCCAUUUACCCUGAGGAAGAGAAGAGCAGUGGCAGCCUACUCAGGGCGAAGUCAGUUUGCUCCAUGAGCGACUUCCAGCGUUUAAUGGACAGCUCCCCCUUCCUACCAGAUAAGAGCAAGCAUGGCGAACACAUGCGGGACGAUGUGACCCCUCCCCUUUCACCGGAUGACCUCAAAUACAUUGAGGAGUUUAAUAGUAAGGGUUGGGAUCUGCCCACCAGCUCCCUGGCCUCUUGUCCCAUCCCUGGCCCAGUAAUGCCCUCUCCGGGGAUGGAGGCGUGGGUCGAAUCCCGAAGGGCCGAGUCGACUUCAGAAGCAUUCCAGCCAGCCUCCUGGUUCCUGACCACCAGCGCCACCUUGACCACCAACACCAUAAGUAGCCCUGAGUACUGCCAAAUGCUCCCGCUCAGAGUGACCCAGGGGGGAGACCAGUUUGGGGUGCACAUCCUCCACAGUCCCGCUCGAGGAGAGCGAUCAGCCCCAAGCACCUCCGAACAGGAGUACGUGUUCUCCAAGGUGACUCAAGGAGGUGCAGAAGAGGUGUUUGGAGGAACGUGGCCAUGUGAGAUUAGGAGUCAUUUGGAGGCAAGACCUGUAGAAAGUCCAUUGAUUUGCCCUGCGGUUGGAUUUACCUCAUCAUUAGAGCUGGAGCUGUCUCGCAAUCUGAGUGACGACAUGAAGGAAAAGGCGUUUGCUAUGCGAUCAUCUGCGUCCGGAUCCAGCCCUCCGGAAAGGCAGCUCCGGGACAUGGCGUGCCAGACGAAUGGUUUCACCACGCGUUGGACGCAAACCACCCAGACCAUCAGUGUGGGACUGCAAACGGAGGCUCUUCGCGCCAUCACAAGCAGCCCUCACCGGUGUCUAACGCCUAAAGGAGGCUCUACUCCCAUCUCAUCGCCUUCUAGGAGCCUUAGGAAAAUGCAGUACUCGCCAGUCGUACAGGCUAAGUUCGAACGCCCGUGUUGCUCUCCGAAAUACGGCUCACCCAAGCUCCAAAGGAAACCCUCAAACGCUGGCAAAGCAGAGCAACCGGUCGGCCAGACUCGCGCUCCCACUCCAACGACCACUUCCCAGCAGCAAAAAGGCAACAGCGAAUCCGCUUGGGCUCGUUCCACGACGACUAGAGACAGUCCCGUUCACACCACCAUCAACGACGGCCUCUCCAGCCUCUUCAACAUCAUCGACCACACGCCCGUCGCCUACGACACCAAGUUCAACAAGUCCCCCAGCCGCUCUCGUCCCACUGAAGCAGGGCCAACGGAUCCCAAAUCUCCCGGUGUUUGUGCCGCGCAGGGGCCUUUAAGAAACUCUCGGGGCCGGUCCCCAAGCCCUGUUCAGCUCAUUGUGGAGACGCAGGGCGAGAAAACCCCAGAGGGGAUUAGCAUCAGACAGGACCUGUCCGCUCCCCCGGGAUACACGCUAGCGGAGAACGCUGCGCGGAUCCUGAACAAGAAACUACUGGAGCAGAGCUUCAGAGAGGAGAGGAGGCUUUCCGCUUCAUCCGCAGCGGCUCCCAACAGAACCGGAGACGCGGAGAAACCUGGAUGUCUUGAGGAUUUGCCCCGUUCCUCAGUGGCUCCACCUCUGGACUCCCGUUUCCUUCGACCGGCUCGUCCCGCUAACCGUCGACCCCCGUCCCGCUGGGCCGCCCACUCGCCCUCAUCCUCGCCCAAACACACAGUGAGGUUCCUCUUCCCCUCGGCUCAGGCCGUCCCGGAGACCGAGGAGCCCGGGCAGGAGGUUUCCUCACACACGUAACCAGCCUAGAUACAUCCUUUUGCACUUCCCCCCUUUUAGUUGUCAAGUGUGAAUAUGAAUUGGAAUUUAGAGCGCAUUAUUGUUUCACUUGUGAAAGGUGCGCAGAAAUCGAAGCCCCUCUAUUAUAUGCUUUGACUUUCCUUUACCAUCCCCCGUUCCAGCCUGACCACACGUACGCACACCGCCGGAGCGACGGAACCAUCGAGAACCUUUCUCAGAACCAUUGAACUGCCACUAGAGGGCAGAGUUCUGUGAGCACCAGCUGAACUCAAAACAUUCUAGAAGUUCCGUUUUGGAAUUCUCAAGAAUCUGGAAUGUACUGACGCAAAACACAGCAAAGUGUUCCAUAAGAGGUGCCUACACACACGUGACCUCGCAACGGUCCCGUACUCGUGUGUGUGUCAAUGUACAUGUAUGCAAUACAUAUGACUUUAUAUGUGUUGGUCGUAAAACAUCGAACUUCUUUUCAGACGUUCUGAUACUGGAUAGUAAUAAUAUUUGUCAGAACAGCAUAAAAGUUUACAUGCAUUUACGUUUCUUAAUUUCGGAGGGUUAAAUAAUCCCGUGUUAAAUUAUGUUCUGUGUUGUAUAUAUAGUUUAUAAAACUAUUUUCUUAUUUUUCUCGUACAUCCCAUUUUGUUCGGAAACCUUUGAUGCUUGAAUUUAAAAAGACUUUGUAAGGAGAAUUUGACUAAAGGAGAAAACCACACACUCUUAGCUCGACAGGGACGAAUGAUAUAUGAUGUCAAUCAUAAUGUAUUUUAAAACCCAAUGUAAAACUGAAUGUUAAAUGAUGACAGGAGAGUAUAUUGACACUGAUUAUACUUAUGCACAUUUCCCUAGUCACAAAACCCUGAAGGAAUAUGCACGGGAUUAGUUGGAACUAAGCUGUUAUAACUAAAACGAACCGUAAAGGAUAGUGGGGUUAACCAGGGGUUAAAAAGACAACCAGGGUUAAAGGAGUAUCACUUUUAAAAAAACUUUUGCUGAUAAUUUACUCGCCCCCAUGUCAUCCAAGAUGUCCAUGUCUUUCUUUCUU